CAUAGCAUCGUUCACAAUAUCCUGAGCCGGGAGCGAGCUGCGGUAGCUGCUGCCUGACUGUGCGCACCUCCUUACUCAGAUCCCUCCGGGCCGUCAUAGCCGGUGAUCCAAAAAGAAGAAGAAGGAAAAAAAAAAAAACUGGAUACACGAGAUAGGGGAGUCAUCCCGGGCACAACGUGAGAAGAUUCAAUUGUCUGAGGAAAAAAAGAAUAAAUCUGCCCAGUCCACAUCGGCCCCUAGGAGAGGGAAGAGACGGGACCUCUGCGCUGUGAAGAGUCGCUCCUCUGCCGUGCAGCAGUGCGCGGAGAGCAGACGCACUGAAAGGGCAGCGGGGCUUCAGGAAGGUGGAGGAUAUUUUACGCACAGCAGCACUUAGUAGCCCCGUUUGACACGCGGCCACUCGCUGGGAGUCUCCUGCUCCGUUCAGGACUCAAAGCUUCGCCUCUUGGUCGGAUUUGCACUUGACUAAGUCCACGCGCAGCAGCCGACAGGGAUGGAUUCCUUCAUCAUAGCGGCUUUGGCAGUGUGCUCUCUAACGGCACCAGCCUAUGGGGACAAAGGGACCAGCAAAGCCCGGAGUUGUUCGGAUAUCAGGCAGUUUUAUAGCGGGAAAGGAUUCACUCUGGAUGGUGUCCCCCAGUCUGAAAUAUCAGGGGAGCACCUGCGCAUCUGUCCCCAGGGAUACACCUGCUGUACCAGCGACAUGGAGGACAAACUCGCCAUACUAAGCCGUAGGGAGAUGGAGGGCCAACUCAGAGAGAAUGGACGGUCUUUACAGGCCACACUCACCGGACAGUACAAGGCCUUUGACGGUUACUUCCAGGAGUUGCUGAACCGCUCUGCGAUUAUUCUACAGGAGACUUUCGUUCCAACUUGGGGCCCCUUAUACUCCCAGAACUCCCAAGUCUUCUCUGACCUGUACUCAGAGUUGAGGCGCUACUACCGCGGCUCCAAUGUCAACCUGGAAGAGGUGCUCAACGACUUCUGGGUCAGGCUGCUGGAGAAGCUCUUCUACCAGGCAAACAAGCAAUAUUUCAUAGGUGAGGACUACCUGGAGUGUGUUUCUAAGCAGAUAGAGACACUGCGCCCCUUCGGAGACACACCUCGUGUGAUGAAGAUGAUGGUCACACGCACAUUUGUGGCAGCACGUUCCUUUGUUCAGGGACUGGUGGUCAGUGGGGAGGUGGUGCGCAAAGUGUCCCAGGUGCAGCUGAGCCAGGAGUGCAUGAGGGCCGUGAUGAGGAUGACUUACUGUCCCCACUGCCGCGGCAUGGCCUCGGCCAAACCUUGCGCCAACUACUGCAGCAAUGUCAUGAAAGGCUGUCUAGCCAACCAGGCUGACCUCAACACCGAGUGGAGGCAUCUGGCCGAAACAAUGAUGCAGGUGGCUGGUCGCUUUGAUGGCCCAUCUGGUGUGGACAGCGUGGUCCUCUCCCUCCCUAAUCGCAUAUCAGAAGCCAUGUUUACUAUGGUGGAGAAUAUAGAGACCAUCAACAGCAAGUUGUUCCAGGCGUGUGGAAACAUCAGAGAGGGAGGAACCAGCAGCACAGGACUGGAUGACUUCAUGAAGCGAGGGAAGGUUACGGUAGAGGACAGGUUGGGAACCAGCUCAAACAAAAUGGACAAACUGGUGUCUGAUGUAACCGUGAGACUGAGGGACAUGCAGCCGUACUGGGUUUCUCUCCCAAAUCUUCUGUGCAGUGAAAGAAUUCCCACUGGAACAGGGGCCGAGGAUAAGUGUUGGAACGGCAUGAACCGUGCCAGGUACCUUCCUGAGGUGAUGGGUGACGGCCUCGCCAGCCAGAUCAACAAUCCUGAGGUGGACAUUGACAUCACCAAACCAGAAAUGACAAUACGCCAGCAGAUAAUGCAGCUGAAGAUCAUGACGCACCGCCUGAGGAACGCUCUCAACGGCCAGGAUGUGGACUUUCAGGACACCAGUGAUGAUGUCAGCGGUUCAGGAAGUGGCAUGUGCGCCGACGACAUGUGUUCCCGUGGCCCACGCCUUGUCGCCCCUGUCACCGACCGACCCAUAAUCUACCCAUACCCGCCAGAAAACAAGGAGGUGAAAGCCUCCAGCGCUCACCAGAACCUCCCCUGCGUCACCAUUUACCUGCUUUCACUGCUCAUUCUGCUCCUCCGGCGAUAAUUGACGGCAGAAUUCACCGACUGGGACUGAGUUUGGGACACGGAGGAUGGGGGGAGAGUCUGAAAGGGGAGGGAGGAGAAGUUGGGGGUUAGUUAUUUUGCCAAAACUUAAUAAGUAUAAGGAAACAAAAAAAAUCACUUGGACGGACUUCCUUUUGGUUUUGGAUUAGAACAAAAUGGAAUUGCAAGUAUUCAUAAAUGUUUUGCUCUUUUCUUUUAUUUCUUGCUAUAUUAUGGCACCAUUAGAGCUGGUCUUUUCGCAUCUUCUAAUGUUUUGUUUCUGGUGUUUGGGUUCUCUGAGAUUUUAGCUGUACCUAAGACAUGUGUAAGGCUAUAUUGCUAACAGUAUGUUGGUGUUGACACCACGGGGAGAGGGAGAAUGGGGCUUUGCAGCGGUGCUCAGAUACAUAUAUUCGUUAUUCCCCUCCCUUGAAAACAGCACUUGUGUUGAGUAGAAUUAUUUAUUUAUCAGUAACUCACAACAGACCCCAGAGUGUUUUUCAUCACUUCCCGAUAUUUAUAGAAAACAUACACAAACCACAAACGAAAUCUAGUAUUGAUGACUCCUAAGGGAAGAUAAUCUGGACAGGACGACCCACCAGACCUCUUAAAGCAUUAGGCCUCACAGUAUCAUCACACACACACUCUCACAGCGAGGAUGCGAGCACUCCGCGUCAGCACUUUUUUGCCAUUUCAUCAUGUAAGCUGCAAUAACAGCCAUGAUCACAUUCACGCCAGCAUGAUCGUCUAAUGGGGAGUAACGUGACCCGUCACUCCAUCCAUCCAAACUCAUCCCUAUAUUCCCCUCGCUCCCCCCUGCUGAGGGCAGAUCUCCCCCUCUCUCCAGACUCUGCUGGCUGCGUAGGAUCACCUCGAGAGUCUGGUGUAAGCAAAACACAUGCUGGGCCGGGCCAGGUCUCAGAUGACAGCAGAGUCCCACUAUAGAGCACCGUAUGUGAAACGGGGGGUUUAAGAUUGCCGUCCCAGCAAAGGAUUGACAGUUGGGGAUUUUGUGUAGCAGAACAGAAAAGUACACAGAAGCAGAAACACUGCUGUCAUGUAGCGCUUUUUGUUUUUCUCCAAUAUUCUUUUUAUGUGCACAGCAGAGCAAAAAUAUAAUAUGCAUAAUUUCGUGUGCUCCCUGCAAAGGCCCACUGCUCCUGUGAUUAGCGUCAUAAUUGCAACUAGCAGUGUCAUGCGUUUUUGUCUGAUUGCAGCAAUGAUCCAUAUCACAAUGAAAUCCGCGCCGUGCAUGUCUUUGAAUCGUACUAUUUGUAUGGCAGACACAACAGUGUACAUAUUUUUUUGUUGUUUUCUAGAAAAAAACAAUAGCCAAUUAGGUAUCAAAAUUUUAUAAUGGCCAAAUCAUUGUAUGCUAUAACUCUUACUUCAUUCAUCUGUCAUAGCACAUCCAUAUCUGCCUUCCAUUUUCUGCAACUUUUCUAUAUCAGUGCCUCUUUUUCCCCUCACCCCCUACUCUCACUACCCGUCUCCCGCGCUCAUCAGUUAUAAUGACCUUUAAAGCGUUCCUCAUGCUUCUACAUGGUGGCAAGGCAAUAUGACAAUGACUUAGUGCUUCAUUAUGUGUCGAACCUUACCGGGAAUGUUGUGGGAAAACAGUGUAAAGCUUUUUCUGAUGAGAAGCUUGCUGGGGAAAAACACAUACCAGAUUUUAAUUCAAAGAAAUGUCAAAGCUGUCAUUUAAUAACGCUGUGCACAGGAGGAUGGGACGAUGCUUGCAUGUGUGUAUGUGUGCAACUGUGUCUUUGAUUAAUAGAGCAAAAGAGGGACGGGCGAUGGAGCCCUUAUGAAUCUUGUUUGGAUGGAAAUGAUAUGUAUUAAAAAUUAUUGGAGUAGCAUUGUCUGACUAGUGCAAUUCGCCUGACAGCAACAGGAGAUUAACAUAGCUCAUUUUUCAGAAAAUGUGAUUUCAACCUGCUACUGUAAUAACUCCCAAUCUGUAUUAGUGGUAUCUUUGCUUGUCAGAACUGUAUGUGACAGAUACAUUGAAUUUAGACAACAGAAAUGGACAUGUUUUAAGAUACAUCAUUGCUUCAGUUUCACACUGGAACAAUCCACCGUGAUUCAUAUUUUGAAAAAAUAGAUUUAAAAAAAAUGCACCUAAUAGCUAAUAAUAUUGCAGAACAAAUGAAUUUGUUGGGGGCCAUGUCAAAAUUUUAGAAAUACAUCUGUUACACUUACUGCUCUGAAAAUGGUUGAUGCUGUUGGCAUAAGUGUUACCUGACAUGCUACUUUGAUAUUUUCUUUUUUUUCUUUUUUUUUGACUACGUGCUUAAUUAAUGAAUGCUAUGUUUGCUGUGUGUAUGUGUGUCUGUGUCGUUCUGUUAGUCCCUGCUUAACUGCCUGUGACUGCCUUUGACACUUUGUCUAGGGUUGGGGUCCAGUUUUAGAUUCAAAAAGAGUUACAAUAAUAUAAGAUGGUCCAGUGGGGGAAAAAAUACACAUUUUGAACAAAGAACAAUUAGUUAGAGCACCACAUGGGUCUUCUUUUUGUGACCCUGUAGAAAAAUCUGAAUAUGAAUGUGAACGUCUACGUUAAGCCCUGUAAAGAAUGAGAAAUGACUCCAACUGUGAUGGUGACAUUCCAAUUCAAAGACGACUUGCGACUCACAACUUCAGUUUCAAUGACUGCCUCACAAUGUCAUCGGCUGAAAUUUGCACAACCCCCUUCUCUCCUCCUCCACCUUUUGAUCUAAUUAAUUUGUUGCUCAAAGUCCCCCCUCCCUUUUAUAAAAACCUGCACUUUUAUGAGGCCAAUAAAUGGCAUUGUCUGCACAAAGACAUCACAAGAUGGUCGAUCAAUACACGAGUCAACACCUUCCAGAAACGACUAUUGAUUGGGGAUGUGUGUAUGCAGAUAGAUAUGGCCCAGCAAGACGUCUCUGGUUCAGCUGUGGUGAAACAGUGUGAAAACAAAGCCCCCUGUGAGUGAGAGAGCAGGCAGGAGAAAGGUUUGCCCAGAGUGCUGAUCUCAAAUCAGCUAGUGCACCUCGAUCCUGCCCUCAUUCAUUAGGUGGCAAGAAAUGCAAAGCUGGUUAUCCGGCCAUUUUAAGACGGCUUUAUCCUACACUGAGUUGAACACCGGAGGAAUUUCUUAAAGGUGCCAAUUUAUGAGGAAAAAAGUACUUUUAAUUCUCUUGUUUUUAUGUACUUUGGUUUUGUUGUUAUCAGAAAUCUAUGGAGAGUUUGUGCUUAUGGUGAAGAUAGAUGCCAGAAAGAGGUUGAAAAAUACAAAUGUCUCAUUUGCUGUUGUACCUGAAAUCUUGUGUCAAUUAUAUACAUUGUAAGAUUUUCAA